AUGGAAUCACAAUUGUGCCCAGUCAAAGCCCAAACCCAAAAGGAUUGUCAACCAGCUUGUGUCAAGUAUCAAGAGUUUUACAAUGGUUGUUCCCAACGUAUUGAAAAGUUGGUUGAUGACGAAAAGGCCAACUGUUUGGGACAAUAUUUAGAGUAUAUCCAAUGUGUUGACAAAUGUAAUCUAUCUGGUCUGUCUGUCUGUCUGUCUGUCGGUCGAGUCGAGUUUGGUAUUAUCCUAUGUUUUGGUAUAACCUAUAGAAUGCCACCAGGACCAUUUCCUUUACCAGUGAUUGGAAAUCUUCAUCAAAUGGGUAAACAUGCACCAAAAUCAUUAAAACAAUUCUCUGACAAGUAUGGUGGUUUGACCACUAUAUUCCUUGGAAGUGUUCCAACAGUUGUUGUUUCUGAUCCAGCUUUAAUCAAAGAAUUAAUCGUUGAUCGGUCUGAAGAAAUUAUUGAUAGAUUUAAUUCUGAUUCUGCUAAAAUCAUUGGAGAGGAAAAGAAUUUAUUAUUUGCCAAAGGACCAUAUUGGAAGAAAUAUAGAAAGGUAUUUACCACUGCAAUGACAAAAGCCAGAUCAUUUAACAUUGCAUCUAGAAUUGAAGCUCAAGCAGUUUCAUUGAAUCGAUUCUUUGGUACAUUUGCUACAUCUGGUCAACUUUUGAGUCCACAUGUAUAUAUUAGAAGAUAUAGUUUAAAUGGUGUAAUUGAUUAUUCAUUUACAGAUGCAGUUGAUUAUGAAUCAGAGAAUGAACAUGUUGUGAUUAGAGCUGCAGAGAUUAUGGAGGAUCUAUUGGCAACUGGUAAUCCACAAGACUUUAUUCCAAUAUUGAAACCAGUAUUUAAUAGCAAGAGAGUGUUACUUGCUAAUACGGUCGGACAAGUAUGGUCUUAUUGUCAAGACGCUAUUGAUUUACAUAAAAAGACUUUGGAUAGAGAGAAACCACGUGACAUGUUGGAUGUAUUGUUGAUCGAGAUGGAAAAAUCAGAGGACAGUGCAUUCUUUGAAUCACAAGAUGACAGUUUGGCCAAAUGUCUAACAGACUUGAUCAUUGCCGGUCAUGAAACCGUCGCCACUACAUUGGGAUGGAUGAUCAUCUUUUUGGUCAAUAAUCCUGAUAUCCAAGAACGUGCCUAUCAAGAAUUGAUCAAUGUAGUUGGUAAGGGAAACUUGCCACAGCUGCACCAUAGAAAUGCUACACCCUAUCUCAAUGCCAUCAUCAAGGAAACGAUGCGUAUCCGUACGCCUGCACCACUCGCACUUCCUCGUUGCGCCGUCAAUGACAUUGAAAUUGGUGGUUAUGUGAUUCCAAAAAACACACAAGUUCUCAUGGCAGUCUAUGGAAUGGCAAUGGAUGAAAAUCAUUUUGAAAAGCCUGAAGUAUUCAAUCCUGAUCGUUGGGUAUCCAAACAACCCUCACCAAAUAGCUUGACCGAUUAUGCCUAUAUUCCAUUUGGUGUUGGUCCAAGAAUGUGUGUUGGUAUGGGUGUUGCUAAAGAUGAAUUGUAUUACAUUGUAUCACAAAUGUUGAUCAAUUUUAAAUGGAGUUCACCAGAUGGCAGACCAUUGGAUGAUGAAGGAAUUUGUAGAGUAUCUCUAGAAUAUAAACAUUAUCAAGUUAGACUUGAGCAUAGAUAG